AUGCGCCUCCUCCCCGCCCUCCGCUUCCGCCCCAAUGUCCCACGCCUCCAAACCGCUUCCCUCUCCACCUCUCCAUCCCUCAACAAUGGCAAAUCGCUCCCCCCACGCACCCCCCUCCUCGACGCGGACCUAAUCGAAAACUUCCUCAAAGGCUCCGGUCCCGGCGGUCAGAAAAUCAACAAAACCUCUUCCGCCGUCCAACUCAAACACAUUCCCACGGGCAUCGUAGUGAAAUACCAGGACACGCGGUCAAGAGAGAUAAACCGGAAGAUGGCGAGGCGGAUUCUGCAGGAAAGGAUUGAGGAGAUGGAGUUGGGGGAGGGGGCGCGGACGAAGGUCAAGGCGAGGGAGAAGGCGAAGAAGAAGGCGAGUAGUGGGAAGAAGGCUAGGCGGAAGUAUAGGGCGUUGGCGGGGGAGAAGGAUGGGGAGGAUGGUGGUGAAGAGGGGAAGACAGGGGAGAUGCCGGAGAAGAAUGAGGAGGUGAUCGAGUUGUUGAAGGCGUGUGGGGCGACGGCGAAGGGGACGUUUCACAAGAUCGAGAGAGAGGUGGAGGAUGUGGAAAGAGAAGAGAAGGAGGGAUUAUCGAGUCAGGUCGCGAGGUUGUUCACGCGCAAGAAGAGGGCUGAAUGGGAGAUGAGUCAGGAGAGGAGUCUUAUUGCCGCGGAAAGUCAGGUCUAUCUUGCUCCUUUGAAGGAGAAGUAA